CUCUGACUGGCUUAUUUUCUUAAGAUGGGUGGUUGGCGUAAGACUCCAUUUUUUUCUGAUCUCACUUAUAAGACCCAACACUUAUCAAAAUGACUGACCUCAUAAAUAACUUGAGCAAAAGGCCAACAUUUUUGUUAAAUGGAGGGUGCCACUUUGCUGCUACUUCAUGUUACUCUUGUCUCUUCCUUUAUAGAUAUAUCGGGUACAUGGAAGCAGGAAAUCUAACAGGAAUUUUAGAGUUCAUCCUCCUUGGGUUCUCUGAGGAUCCAGAACUACAACCCUUCAUAUUUGGGCUAUUCCUGUGUAUGUUCCUGGUCACUGUGCUUGGGAACCUGCUCAUCAUCCUGGCCAUCUGCUCUGACCCCCACCUCCAUACCCCCAUGUACUUCUUCCUCUCCAAUCUGUCGUUGGUUGACAUCUGUUUCAGCACCACCAUAGUGCCCAAGAUGCUGGUGAACAUCCACACAGAGAACAAAGCCAUCUCCUACAUGGACUGCCUCACGCAGGUAUAUUUUUCCAUGUUUUUUCCCAUCCUAGACACUCUACUCCUUACUGUAAUGGCCUAUGACCGGUUUGUGGCCAUCUGCCACCCCCUGCACUACACAGUCAUCAUGAGCCCACGCCUCUGUGGCCUGUUGGUUUUUGCUACCUGGUUUGUUGGUAUCAUGACAUCCCUUCUUCAUAUCUCUCUGAUGAGGCACCUGAGCUUCUGCAGAGACCUUGAAAUUCCACAUUUCUUCUGUGAACUGACACAGAUUCUCAAGUUGGCCUGCUCUGAUACCUUUCUGAACAGCACGUUGAUAUACUUUAUGACUGGUGUGCUGGGUGUUUUUCCCCUUGUUGGUAUCCUUUUCUCCUACUCACAGAUUGCUUCAUCUAUAAGGAAGAUGUCUUCAUCUGGGGGAAAGCAAAAAGCAUUUUCCACCUGUGGGUCUCACCUCUCAGUUGUUUCUUUAUUUUAUGGGACAGGUGUUGGGGUAUACUUCACUUCUGCAGUAACUCACUCCCCCCAGAAAGUCUCAGUGGCUUCAGUGAUGUACACUGUGGUCACCCCCAUGCUGAACCCCUUCAUCUACAGCCUGAGGAACAAGGAUGUGAAGGGGGCACUGGGAAGCCUUCUCAGUAGAGUGACCUCUUGUCUGUGAUGGAUAUACUGGCCCUAGGACUAAGGAGUUUUCUGGAUCCCAAGGGCAAAACUUUGAUUCUAAAGUUUACUCUUGAAUCUUGCAAACUCUGUUUCACCCAGUCUUGAAGGAUCUAUGAUUACUCUCUCCUAGUUUUUACACACUUUUAAACAACUAAUUUCUGCAUAAUUUAUCUGAUGAUCUUUCUGCCCUAUCUGUUGUCCAAAAAAGUAUGUCCUCAGGAUGCCUGGGUGACUCAGAGGUUGAGCACCUGCCUUCGGCUCAGGGCAUGAUCCCAGGCCUGGGGAUCGAGUCCCACAUCGGACUCCCUGUGAGGAGCCCAAUCCUCCCUCUG